GAAACACAUUCGCAGGUGAACAGUGCGUAUAACGGUCGCUGGGAUUUUCGUGUUGCGAAGUUGCCUGCCUGGCUCGCCGGUUCGCCCGCCACCCAUGUGCUGCGCAUGCCGCCACAUCGGGCGCCUGGAGAUCGAUCCGCCCUUCGGCCCAGCUGGUGGCGAACUGACCCAGCAGCGGGUGCAUGUGGGUUGCCGCGACUUCCGAGGGCUGGCAGGCACCCCGUCGCCGCAAUGGACGAGAAGCCCUUCGAGUUGGAAUCUUUCGUGCGAAAUGACCUGCGACACCCGCCACCGCCGCCGCCUCCGGGAGACAACAGAAAGAGACAGCACCUCGCAGCGCUCCUAGCGAACCUGGCGGCGAUGUGCGCGGGCGUGGCGAUGGGCUGGACGUCGCCGGCGCUGCCCGUGCUGCAGCGCGAGGGCAACGCGUCGGCCGCGUGGGCGGCGUCGCCCACGCCGCCGCUCCGCCUGAGCGAGGAGCAGGGCUCGUGGGCGAGCGCGCUGGUGCCGCUGGGCGCCGUGGCCGGGGCGCUGCCUAGCGGCCUCCUCGCGGACGCCAUCGGCCGCAAGCGCGCCCUGCUCACCCUCGCGGCGCCCUACGCUCUGGGGUGGGUGUUCAUCGUCAGCGCCGGCCAGCAGGUGUGGAUGCUGUAUUUCGGCCGCUUCCUUACCGGCCUUGGAACAGGAGCCACCACGGUAUUAACACCCCUCUACUGUGAAGAGAUAGCAGAGGUGGCAAUACGAGGAGCCCUGGGCGCCUAUUUGGACUUUAUGAUAUGUGUGGGCAUCCUGUGGAUAUAUGUUCUUGGAGCUUAUGUCCCAUACUUCUGGUACACACUCAGUGGCUGUGUCAUACCUGUCGUGUUUCUACUAACGUUCUGCUGGAUGCCCGAGUCUCCGGUCUUCCUAGCAAAUAAAAGUCGUCACGAACAAGCUAGAAAAGCCUUGGAAUGGCUCCGUGGAGGCAAUGAUUACGAUGCACAACUUGAAAUGGACAGUAUGCUUGCAUCAAUGAAAGAAUCUCCCUCUAUCAGCAUCAGACAAUCUCUUUCGAUGUUCUUUUCCACAAAUCCAAUAAGGUCGACCACAUCAAGAGCUGUUGCAAUUGUUUUAGGUCUAAUGUUAUUUCAACAGCUUAGUGGGAUAAAUGCUGUUAUAUUUUACACAGUCCAGAUUUUCAAUGAAGCUGGCAGUAAUCUGUCAGGUGAAGCAUCUACAAUAAUUGUGGGUGUUGUUCAAGUCAUUGCAGUGUUGUGUUCUUCCAUCACAGUUGACCAUUUGGGCCGUCGAUUUCUCCUUCUGCUGUCGACUGUAAUAAUGGCCUUUUGCCUCCUGUGCCUUUCCUUGUAUGCUGUAUUCAGUAAGGGAUCUGAUGUAGUUAACCUUUCCAUUGUCCUUUGGAUCCCAUUAGUUGCUUUAAUUUUGUAUGUCGUGGUAUUUGCACUGGGCUUCGGUCCCCUUCCGUGGCUUCUUAUGGCAGAGUUACUUCCCGUGCACGCAAAGGGCUGGGGCAGCGCGAUCGCAGCGUCUUUUAAUUGGGCAGUAGCUUUACUUCUCACUAAGCAGUUUCCACUCAUGCUGAGGCACGCUGGGCAAGACGUCACCUAUGGCAUUUUAUGCUUCUUUUGUGUGCUAGGCGCCAUAUUUAUUGCUAAAUGUCUGCCUGAAACAAAGGGAAAAACCAAAAUAGAAAUUGAAGAAAGCAUAGGAGGAGAUAAACCA